AUGCCUAUGAACUGGGAUGCCCAGGCAAAUGCCAAACUUCUCGUUGCUAUCCUUCACACCGCUAAACCGAAGCUUGACCUCGCCGCUCUGGCCGAGUGGAUGGGACCCGAAUGCACCGACCGCGCCGUGAGCAACCAGAUCACCAAACUGCGCGCGAUGGCCAAGGGCACCGGUAUCACGGACUCCAGCAGUGCGACUUCCACCCCGACGAAGAACCAGGGUGAGGGGGCUCCGAAGAGAAAGCGAGCGACUCCCAAGUACAAGGGAAAGAAGGGAAUGGAUGCAGAUAGCACAGCCUCCUCUCCCGAGGGAGUGAUGUCUUCUUCUACCACGCCUAUCAAGGCUGACAAGGACGGCGAACUUAGUCCCUGCGUCAAGAAGGCCAAGAUGGAGGGCUUCCAGCGUAAACUGGCGGAUAUUCCUGAGCAUGCAGACGAGCUUGAGGGAGAGGACCUUCUCAUGGGUACUGCUUAG